GGGCUUGAUAUCGUCUCCACUCGUCCCCGGCGAUUGGAAUAGAACGGUAGGGUUUCUCUGUUCUGCGAAUUGGAGCUCGAAAUCGAAAGAAGAAGAUGGUGAGCAACAUCAGCAAGAUCGAGGAUGCCAUAAACUCGAUCCCGGAGAAGAAGGAAAAGCUUCGAAAAUCCUUGGAGUCUCUCCAAUCCUACUCUUCGUCCCUGGCCAGCCUCACCCUCGAUUGGAAGGACCUCGAAGAUCACUUCUCCUCCAUCGAGAAGUCCAUCGACGAGCGAUUCCGGGCAUUAAAAGAGAAGGAGAAGGGGAUCCAAAAUCAAGAGGAGGAGGAGGAGGAGGAGGAGGAGGCGAAGGAGGAUCCUCACCCUCACGACGACGCGGCGGCGGCGGCAGAAGGGGAGCCAACUCCGAGGCCGGAGCUGCGAUCGCUGUGCGUGAACAUGGACGGCAAAGGUCUCCGGGCUUACGUUAGCGAGAACAGGAAGGAUCUUGUUGCCCUGAGGGAGGAGCUAGCCCCGGCCAUCAGGUGCGCCCCCGAUCCCGCGGUGCUGGUUCUCGACGCCAUGCACGGAUUUUACCCUCCCAAUUCUUCGAGCUCCGAUUUCAAGAAUAAGAACAAGAGGAAAGGCAAAGGAGGCGACAAUGAGGAGGACGGAGAGACCCAAAUCAACCGGAGGAUCUGCAUCAAUCUUCUCGAGAAGCUCCACCUGGUCUCCCCGAAUAUCGGUCCCUCCGUUAGAGAAAGGGCCAAUAAACUGGCUUUUGAUUGGAAGUCCAUGAUUCCCAAGUUCGGCGAUAAUUGCCUCGAGUCCCUGGGUUUCUUGAACCUCAUCGCGGCCUACGGUCUGGUCUCUGAGUUCCCAACCAACCAAAUUUUGGAGCUCUUUGUUUCUGUGUCGCGGAGGAAGCAAGCCGUUGAUCUCCUCAAGAGUCUUGGACUUGUGGAUAAGUUGCCUGAGCUUAUUCAGAAACUGAACAAGAAAGGUAGACAACUCGAUGCUGUUAAAUUUAUCUAUGCCUUGAAAGAAGUGGAAAAAUAUCCACCUGUCCCCCUUUUAAAAGCCUACAUAACUGAAGCCAAGAAGAUUGCCAAAGAAGUACGAGAGAAAGGAAACCAUUCAGCCCGAGCACAGAAUGAGGCGACUGCAAAAGAGUUGGGAGCAUUGAAAUCAGUGCUUAAAGCUGUUGAGGAGUAUAAGCUAGAGAAUGAGUAUCCACGGGUGGGUCUGGUCAAAAGGAUCACACAGCUAGAGCACAAGAAGGCUGAGAAAAAGAGAAGUGUGAUAGCUACCGCCACUGCUGCCGCAAAGUCUCAGCAGCAGGAGCAGCAGUCCAAGAAGCGACCCCGGCUAUCACCUACCACUUCAGCAGCUGUAAUGACUGCCAAUCCCUAUCAUCGUCAUCAUCAUCAUCAACAUCCCCCAAUGAUUCACACCCAGCCUCAGCUUGGAUUAGCUGAUCGUGCCCCAUAUAUCGGUGUUCCUAGCUCAUAUGACCUUGCUUCUUCGAGUGCUUAUGUCCAUAGCCAUGGCAUUGGUGCUCCAAGCCUUGGUGGCUCCAUGUUGGACCAUGGUCGGACUCGUAGCCCGCCACCAACCUCGUACUAUUCAUCACAAUCUCUUCAAGGCACGAGUAGCCUCUACGACAGGCCUAUGACGUACAAUGGGUACGUGCCUGGUCUACCUCCAUCUUAUGGUUCCUCACUGUAUCCCUAAUAGGGUUAGGGAUGAUGCGCCUUGCCCCUCGCUGACGAUAAAUCAUUUAAUUUCUCAUUCAGCUGCACCUUAAUUCGCAGCCACUAAGUAAAUGCUGUUCUGUUCCUUUGAUCAACCGUUUUUAUUGUGCAGUAGGCUAUAGUUACUUGAUGACUUAUGAUGCAGUUCAUUCAUAGUAAGCACUUCUCAGUUCUUGUAUGUCAAUGACUUAGAAGUGUACGUGUUUUAGCUUUCAUAACCUUUUGAGUUAUUCCCUCCAGUUGCCAACUGAACUUUUAUGGACAAGCUGAAACCUGAUGAUGUAUUCGAAAGAUAAAACUCAAGUACAUUUUGAUUUAUGGGAGGCUGUCGAAGAAUCCUUCAGAAUAAACUGUCUUACCAAACCAUUAUUCUAAUGAGCGAGAUCAGUCUUGGAGCUA